GUCCGCAGUCUCUGGUAAUCUCCUUUACUGUCUGCAGUCUCUGGUCAUACCCUGAACUGUCUGCAGUCUCUGGUCAUCUGUACUAUGUCCACAGUCUCUGGUCAUUCCCUGUACUAUGUCUGCAGUCUCUGGUCAUCUCCUGUACUGUGUCUGCAGUCUCUGGUCAUCUCCUUCAUCUCCUGUACUGUGUCCGCAGUCUCCGGUCAUCUCCCGUACUGUGUCUGCAGUCUCUAGUCAUCUCCUGUACUAUGUCCACAGUCUCUGGUCAUUCCUUCUACUGUGUCCGCAGUCUUUGGUCAUCCCCUGUACUGUGUCCGCAGUCUCUGGUCAUCUCCUGUACUAUGUCCGCAGACUCUGGUCAUCCCCUGUACUAUGUCCGCAGUCUCUGGUCAUCUCCUGUACUGUGUCCGCAGUCUCUGAUCAUCUCCUGUACUGUGUCCGCAGUCUCUGGUCAUCUCCUGUACUGAGUCCGCUGUCUCUGGUCAUCUCCUGUACUGUGUCCGCAGUCUCUGAUCAUCUCCUGUACUGUGUCCGCAGUCUCUGGUCAUCUCCUGUACUGAGUCCGCUGUCUCUGGUCAUCUCCUGUACUUUGUCCGCAGUCUCUGGUCAUCUCCUG